AUGAUUGAGCUACCGACGAAAAAGACGAUCGUCUGUCUUCGUCUUGGCGAGCAGCAAAUUUGUCUGAAAGAAGUUUGCAGACAGACGGGAUCCGUGUUGCUCAAAGGAAUUCCACUAUCGAAGCAAAACGAGUUCGAAGACAUCCACGAGACGCUAAACACGAAAUUAGGCGCGACAAACAACGUCAUUCAAGAAUUCUUCGUCGGCGACUAUGUGGCUGCGAAGAUGGGCAAACGCUGGUGUAGAGCUGUGGUGGAAGAAGUUUAUCCAUUUCGGGACUUGAACUACGAGUUCUCUUGCAAAUACGAAGUCCGAUACUUGGAUCUUGGAAGUCGUGAAAUUCUUCUUGACGAAUUCGUGGCGGAACUGCCAAGAGAGGUGAUGAACAUACCGCCAUUAUUCGUCAGCGUGCAGAUUCCGAUUUGUGAUCGAUCAUCAAAUGUUGAAGCGUUGGUCGGAAAAUACAUAACGCUAAACAUAAUAGCGGUGAAACAAUGUGCGCAGAAUUUGAUCUACGAAGGGACUUGCGAUUUUGACAAGUAUUGCGAGUAUCAGAUCUCGCCGGAGAUUUUCAACAAGUACCAGGAAAUUAAAACUCAAGAGAGGAACGUUGAUGAGCUCAGCCGCAACGAGCAGAUGUUGAAGGUAAAAAUUGAAAAUCAUACCAUCGAUGACAAGUUCUUCCUCUACUUGGAAGAUGAGGUCGAAGAGUUUCAACUCUUCAAGUCGCAGCUGUCCGAAGCUUGUGAGAAUGCUCCUUCUGUGACGUCACUUUCCGGCAACGCACACAACUUCAUCGUCGGCGCCAAUAUUCCAUUCUUCGGCUGGGUUCGAUGCCGCGUCGUUGAAAAAAUCACGUCCCAGAACGCAGAAGUAGAACUUCUUGACCACUCAGAUCAGCUGCGCAGAAUCAAUGUGGACCAAAUGGUCAAACUUGAAGAUCGCUUCGUCGAAAUGAGAAAGCGCACGAUUUCGUGCAAGCUUCUUAACCCUGAUCUACGCGUGGAACGGCUCAGAGUUGUCGCUAGAUUGAGCGAAGGCGAAUUCACUGCCAAAUUUAUCGACGAAAUUGAAGAAGGAGUUUUCUCAGUGGAGAUUUAUUCAGAAGGAAAGUUAUUGAAUGAUACAAUGAGAAUGGAAAUGGACUUUACCGGACGCAAAUCUGUUUAUGCGAGUGAGCCAAUUUUAGUGGGAGCUCUUUUGGACGUUCAGGUCAUUAGAGCUCAAUGCGCACGAACCUUUGCAAUUCGUAAAAAGACAAAGGAGCACUACCGUCUUCGCGAUACUUUCCACGACGAGUUUGAAGCUUACAAAGCUCGUGCAUUGGAUAUGCCUACAUUGCGAGAAUUCAAUGUUGGUGACGCGGUCGCGACGAUGACUCCUGACGGCUACAUGAGAGGAGAAGUCGAGCGAGUUCUUGAUGAUGGCCAUCAGAUCCAAGUUCAUUGCGUUGACACCGCCUUGUCACUUAUUCAGGCGGAGCAUCUAGUCCAUCAUCUGCCAAAGCCAUUCGUGAUCAAGUUCCCGGCUCAAGCUAUUUAUUGCUCAACCUAUGGCUUCUACGACGAAGCCAAGGAAGAUUUUGUCGACCACAUCCUCAAGCAAUUCGUCGUCAAGCACGGAACAAACAAUCUUUCCGCAAAAGUCAUCGCUACUGCCGUCAUGAACGGAAAGAAAAUCCUAAUUGUCGACCUAUUUUCCCUAUCCGAGUCGCUCAUCGGAUCCUUCAGAAGCUUUGGAGCUGGUCACGAAGCGCCCAUUUACCCGAUGUUUGAAGAUCCAAUUUUCACCUUCACAAGUUGGAUAGCGUCUGAGACUCUCAAAAAAGGAGAAGAAAUCGUCGUCACAAUGUGUAGUGUUUCCGAAGUCUACGGAGAGAAGGUGGUGAAUAUCAUGUGUAACAACGAUCGCAGCGCCCUCGAUGACGCGCUCGCAAAUUGCGUGGAAAAUGCAGAGGAAGCUCCCGAGAAUCCUCACCACAUCGGUGUUGUUAUCACGCGAAACGGUCCCUGUCGAGUGCAGACUGCCUCCAAGAAGGCUCUCUUUUGCGUGGACGAUGGAUUUAGUAUCAAGUCUGGAGGGACGAUGAUUAUUCCAUCGGCUGAGUUGCUCAAGAUUCCUGCACAAUCUUCCGCUGUCACGCUUUGCGAUACUGAUCAUUUUAACGAAUAUGAAUGGGCGAAGCUUCGAAGAUUUUGCACCGAGCGCAAUAGAGUUAUCGCCAAAGUAGAGGGUCAGAAAAACGGGCUUCCUGUUCUCAGAAUCGAUCUUAAGAAAUAUGGGUUCCAUUUGAAGCCAGUGUCCCAAGAUACAGAUCUGAUUGGGAUGCCGUUCUGGCAUACUUGCCAGCCUCGAGCGGACCUUAAGAAAAUUCUUCAACCGCACUGGUCAAGUGCUCCGAAUGAAGCGAUUGUUAACGACUGUAUUUUGCUUUACGUCGACUCUCGGCAAGCCCAGGUACACAUUCGACACAAACAUACAGAAGAAGUGUACCUCGCUCUUCAAGAUCAUAUGGAAGAGACAUAUUUCGCUGCUCGAAAUAACGACUACAAGCCUCCAUCGAUUGAAAAAGGAGACGUCGUAGCUGCCAAGUUGCAUUCAUCGCAGAUAUGGUACCGGGGCAGGAUCCUCGAGAAGAUGUCCCACGAUGUCUUCAACGUAGCAUACAAAGUCAUGCUUCUCGAUGCUGGCGGAAUCGUCUACAUUCCUGGCUGUUCGAUAAAAGUCCUGCCAACAAAUCUGCGCCGAACUCCGCAGCUGGCAAUCACCUUCGACUUCGGUGAUGAUUUCACAAUGUUCAACACUGCCCAAGUCGAGCAAAUCAAGGCCAUGUUUGCAGCCAAAGACUGCACAAUAAAGAUUCGCGAUAAUCUCUACACACUAGAUGUCAGCUCAUCGCUUUUCCAACUGCCGCUUUAUGAGCUGUUGCUAGCACUUGACACCACCGAAUACAACACUUCCAGAAGCUCUUUUAGCACUCUUUCUUCCGAUUAA